CCAUUGCUUUUUAUGUCUCUCUGACCCCGCUACUCCUCCCGGCGCCAUUAUAUUCCUCCUCUCCUGCGCUCUCCACCCCCAUCCUCCCUCCUCCAGUCCUCCUCCUUGCCUGCAGCAGGUCGCCUCUGGUACGCCGCCGGCCAGUGCUCUCACCACCCCCGGCGAGAUGUCGAAGAAAAUCGUGGUGAAGCUGCACCUGCACGACAACAAGGACAAGCAGAAGGCCAUGAAGGCUGUCUCCGCGCUCACAGGCAUCGACGAGAUAUCCGUGGACAUGGCGUCGCACAAGAUGACGGUGAUCGGCAUGGUGGAUCCGGUGAACGUGGUGAGCAAGCUGCGGAAGGCGUCGUGGUCGGCGACCAUCGACUCCGUCGGGCCAGCCAAGGAGCCGGAGAAGAAAGAAGCAGGGGAGAAGAAGGACGGCGAGAAGAAGGACGGGGACGGCAAGAAAGACGGCGAGGGGGACAAGAAGAAGGACGGCGAGGGGGAGAAGAAGGAAGGCGGCGAGGGGGACAAGAAGAAGGACGGCGACGAGAAGGACAAGGACGGCGACGGCAAGAAGGCGGCGGCGCCGCCGACGGAGCAGCAGAUCAUGGCGGAGCUGAUGAACCAGUACCGGGCGUACUACUACCCGUACCCGCACAUGACCUACCCCACACACUACUACGUGCAGAGCAUGGAGGAGAACCCCAACUCCUGCACCAUCUGCUAAAACCAUGCAUUCUCUGCAGGUUCUGGCUGCUGCCAUGCACGAGGUAAUUAAAAGUUAAACCCGAUUAUUAGUUACUAGUAGCUGUGUGCAUGUAUAUAUGCGUACUAGUACACACCUUAUGGCACGGACGAUCGAUCUAAGAAGGUCAAGGUGAUGUUGAACCGUGCAUUUUGUGACGUGUAAGAAGAAAAAGUUUACCGAGAUUUCACUUCUACUGCAUGGAGUUCUGGGCUGCUGCAUAGCGCCGCCAUGCAUGGUGCCAUGGACAGGAUGCGCAGCGUGUGUGUAUUACUGUGUGUGUGUGUGUGUGUGUGUAUAUAUAUAUAUAACUUUGCUUUCUGGUAAACCAGAGCUGUAAUGAUGAUUUGUAGCAACAAUUUUGGAUUUUAGAGUACUGUUAAUUAUUGAUGCAUGUUUGUGUGAA